AUGCUAAGCAGACAACAUCCUAAAAAGGCAUUUACUUGCUUCUACUGGGUAAAUGGAGGCUGUAGACACAGUGCCGACCAGUGCAAAUUUGUCCAUGAAUUCACAGAGAGAGUGGCCAAACCCCCAAAACCUCCUCGAUAUGCAUGGAGAGACGAUAGACCGGAGACGAAGAAUCUUAUAGACUUGCUGUCUAAUGGAAGCGAGACCAGCGACUCAAAGGAGUUUGACUCGGUUGAUGCCUCUGAUCAGGCCGUUGAGAAUGUUCGGCCUGCACAGAUUGUUGUACGGGCUAUAGAGGCCGGACAUGGCUAUGAGCUUGUCAAAGAGCUUCUCACAGAUUACUCACAGUCGAGGGCUAAAGAUAUGAUGUCACCAGAUGAGAAAUUAGACAUCUUGAUAUCAGUCAUUACAUGUGAUCGGACUGAUCUGGUUGAUCUAGUCAUUGAACAUGGAGCAGACCCAAAUGGCAUGGUGCUCAAUUCUGAGAUCUCGCUUCUCGGAUCAGCUAUAUUAAACAAAAACUCUGCAUCAGUCUCGAUAGUCAACUCUCUUCUUGCCGCGGGUGCUGAUCCCCAUUCGAUUCCAAAGUCACUGUGGGAAGAUGGAAUCUACACGUACCAAGACCCAACCGCCGAAGAGGAUGAUGAAUCGAUUGACUCCGGGUUAAAAGCCCUAAAGGAUACCCUUGCAGAGAGUGUGAAUGUGUCAAUCAGACACAGUCUUCUCCAGGCUUCUCAGACAUUGCCUCCCCUUCCGGCAAGCAUCGAAAUGUACCUGUUGCCAUUCAUCAAAAGAAUAACUCGUGCUGAACAUACCUUAAUCGGACAGAGAACCGCGAUCAAGUGGGUGAGAAUGUUUUUGAUUAUGAAGUUCAUGACAAGAAUGAACUCUCCGUUGGUUAUGGCUUUUGUUGGACCAGCGGGUCAUGGAAAGUCGACCCUUGCCAAAGAACUGGGGACCUACAUACUCUUCUCCGACCUGCGGAAAGUAGAUGCCGCUAAUGAGGAGGAUGAGGAGCUUUCCAAUGCUGCCAGCUUUACCAAUGCACCCGGCGAACUGCAGAUUGUCUAUUUUGACCAUGUUGACGCAGCGGAGUACCACCGGCUUCUCUCGUUUCUAGACGGAAACAGUACCUACUACUAUCUAAAAGAAGGGAACAAAGUGGUCAUUGAUAAAUCCAAUGUAGUCUGUAUUAUCGCAACUGCUAUUGGUCAUGACAAGGUCCUAGAAUAUCACGAACUUAACUCGAGAGCCCUUAUGGCAGAGCUUGCGGAUACGGUAUCCUGGGAGUCCCGUUUACAUCACGAAUUGGAAAAUUGUCUUGGAGGUGAAAUGGAAAAAGGGAUGGGGUAUCAGGCUGUUCAAGCACGUUCUAACCAGAUAUCUAUCCAGACUUCUCUCGCUGGGCAUGUUGGAUGUUACAUCCCAUUCUUUCCAUUCUCUAAGCCAGAAGCGGCAGUACUCGCGCAUUCAUAUCUCCUAAAGGCCACCGACGGACUCGCCGAGUUCCAUGAUUCCUUACAUCACGCUAAACACGGCAAGCCGGACUGUGUCACUUUCUGUCUGGAUGCACAGGUCGAAGCUUGUGACAGUCUAGCAACGGCAAGCUAUAUUGUUAACCUCGGGGCUCGCUCUAUCGAGCAGGGUGUGUUCAAGGCCGUUCAAUCCCAGAUGGUGCAGCAAUACUUGAAAUCCGACUUAGUAAAUGAUAAUCGCAACGAUGGUGAAGAUGCGGCAGACCAUGAUGAUAAGUAUGUUACUAUUACGGUGGGGGAGGAUUUUUCUAUUACUCUAGAUUGA